AUGCACACUAGACGUAUUCGUGAUACCGAUAACAGGCAAUUGGUGGGACAUCACGUGGCACAACGACGUCUUGAUCGACGGGAACCGACGCCUCAGGACCCUACGUUCGUUCAUCGCCCAAGGCGUACGACGGCACUUCCUAUCAGUCUUUGCAUGGGUUCAUCACAGGCUGAUGGGCCCGAGCGAUCGAACUUUGUUAUAUGA